UCACAGAGGUUAAGGACGCUUCAGGCCAUAGGUUGACACCCGGUCUCAUCGAAGGACGGUAUUUUGGGGAAGUUAGUUUAUAAAGAAUAUCAAAAUGGUGCAGAAAGUGUAUUUUGAUAUUGCGAAAGAUGGCCAACCCCUUGGCAGGGUUAUUUUUCAGUUGUUUAACGAUGAUGUUCCAAAAACAGCAGAAAAUUUUCGUGCUCUUUGUACUGGUGAAAAAGGAUAUGGUUAUAAAGGCAGCACUUUUCAUAGAAUAAUUCCUGGUUUUAUGUGCCAAGGCGGAGACUUUACUAACCACAAUGGCACUGGUGGAAAGAGUAUCUAUGGUGAAAAGUUUAAGGAUGAAAACUUUAAGCUAAAACAUGAAGGUCCAGGAAUUUUGUCCAUGGCCAAUGCAGGACCUAACACCAAUGGUUCCCAGUUUUUUAUUUGCACUGAAAAGACAGACUGGUUGGAUGGCAAGCAUGUUGUAUUUGGUAAAGUCAUUGAAGGCAUGGAGGUGGUCAGGGCCAUGGAGGCAUGUGGUAGUCCAGAUGGCAAGCCCAAGAGCAAAGUGACCAUAGCUGACUGUGGUCAGUUGUAGGAGAGAAUGCACUUCACUUUUUUUCCCUCUAACAUUUGUUUGUUGCACUCGUCAAGAGACAAACAUCACCUCUGCACUAGUUGGCUACUUUACUUUUCAACUAUUUAGUUCAUGCUGUUCCAUUAUUUUAAUAUACACAAUUAUUUUUACACAUUAAUGUAGAACAAAAGUUUGAUGUUUAAUUUUUUGUUAAUGUUGUCUGUGUAUAACUGACUGUAUCAUGUGUUCUUAGUCUCAAAUAUUGUAACGGCUUUGAAUUUCAACUUUCUUGUCAAAAAGUUUAUUCAUAUUGUAUUUUUUUUUAGGAUAUGAACAAAAAUUAAAUAAAAAAAAUUGUGUUAUCAAGCUAUUGCUCAAACAAUUUUGAUUGAUUCCAGUUUAUUUAUCUGCCUCUGCUACACUGGGUUGUUCUAGCAAUCUCAUAUUACCACUCAAUGACCCUGACCCAGAGAGUAGUGACAUUUUGUGUUUGUUCUGCUUUUUUUUUUUACUUCUAUACAUUUAGAUCUGGAUCCAUUAUUUGUUUUCUGUUGAGAACUAUUUCAUUGUAUACUCAAAGAUUUGAUUUGUUGUUGAAGUAGAUGACAAAGAAACUGACAUGAUCUUCUCAGUUGGAAUAAACAUCUUUCCAUUUCCUUA